AUGGGGACUUGCAAAACUUCUGGAUGCAAAUGCCCAAUGAAAAAGAAGCCGUAUGAAGAAGUAAAAUGCACCAAGGAAACAAAGAAUGGCGGAACGUGUACAGGCACAUACUAUAAAUAUUUUAAAUGGAAGGGUUCGAAAUGUGAUUACUUAGGGAGCAAGGAAAAAGAUACUAGGGGGUGCGGUCAUGCAACUAGCCAUAAACCUUGA